AAUAAAAGUUGGAUGAGAAUUGGGCAUUAGGUUUUGCCGGUUUCCAACAAUUUUACUAUUAUAUUUGUGUACUAAUUACUAAAUAAUUAUAAAUUAUGUCAUUUGAAGCAAACUAUCGAAGAGUUAAUAUGAGAAAGCCAAUCGGCCGAAGUAAUUUUGCUGAGUUUAAUCAUUUGGAAGACAUCGAUGGGCAAAUGUAUCCAUUUGAAGAAGAACAUGGUGAUAGUUCAGAAUCAGCAAACACAAGAAAUGAGCUAUCAUCAAAAUUGGUUUAUGAUCCGGAAAGUUCCAAGGCCAUAAAGGAAAAAGAUUAUGAUGACAAAACAUCUAACAGAUGUUUAUGUAUAACCUUGUUAUUCGUAGUUAUUUUAUUUUUAGUUGCCGUCUUGAGAACUGUAAGUAAUAGCAGUGAAAAGCGAUGUUCAUUUGAAAUACUGCAACAAAAAUAUAGAGACCAGCAUUCCAAAAUGUGGCAUACUCUCUCUAGUGGUGUAGAAAAUAUUUUAAGAGACCGCACAAAAAAUCCCGUUGUAAAUCUUUUUGUACACAAUGACAACAGGAAAUUGAAAAGCAUAGUUGGGGAAAUUGCUAAAGAGACAUCUCAAUGUUUUGGUGGUCAAUUAAUUGAGAUGAGCGAAAAUGAUUUCACAUCCCCGACAGCAAUGGAAGACUACGGAUAUGCUAUAUUAAAGUUUAAAGAAAAAAUUCAAAACGGACGCGUUGCUCUUAUCGUUAACUUGAACGCCAUUCCCGCAGAAUCAGCUUGCGCCUUACACACUAUAUGUGAUACACAUAGUCCGGUAGCUGAAGAUAUAGUUAUCUACCUAACUUUGGUUAUACCGUCGACAAUUGGGAAUGAAGUAAAUAUUGCUCGAGAUACUUUAACAAAUCUCUGGGGUUCAAAACUGAAAAAUAAUGUACUUGAGCCCUUAAUAACUCGCGUCACGGAUCAAAUUUUAACGUUAAAUUAGUUUAAUAAACCCAUUAAAAGCUGGAAAUAUUGUAUUACAAAUGUUUAAAUUGAGAAUAUAGACCUCGUUUACGUUGAAUCCUUAUUUUUAAGGAAAAAGGGGCACAACUUGGAAAUAACGGACACCCUAAUAUACAUGUGUGCAUAUAGUACAGUAUUAAUUUUCAGAAGCAAAGGUUGUAUAUAAAAGCUGAAGUAUGUACUCUUGCAUCCAAUUUUCUAUUGGAAUUGUCAUUAUAAAAAAUACCAUUUAAAAAUAUUUUUCUAAUAAGAUUUAUUUAGGGUUUUGCAAUUUUUUUUAUUUUUUUUCCAAAAACAAACGAAUUACAUAUGUAUGCGUUUAUAUGCUUCUUUUGGACAUUUAGUAUAUAAUUAUGAUUUACGAGUAUGUAAGAACAAUGCGAAAUUUGUGAAGUUACGAUCUACUAACUCAUUUGAAGAUGAUCAUAACAUUGUUAUACCAAUCAAAUCAAUAAAUUUUGUGUAUUUGCCUCAAUGGU